UACUACUAUAAAAUGACAUUCCCACUCGUAAGUCCUAACAAACGCGACCAAGAAGCUUUAACAAUUCUCCAUGGCCGCAACUGUACACGCCGUCCUUUCCUCUCCCUCCUCCAUCCUUCGAUUUAGGGCUUCCGCUUUCCACUUCAACAUUCCCCCAAUCCGCUUCGCCUUUGCUCAACCCCGAUUCACUCUCUCCGCAAGCACGAGUGCUCUACAUGCUUCUAAUGAUGGCAUAGAUUCAGUUCCUUCAAUAUCACUGAGUUUUGACCCAGAUUCUGAUUAUGUUCCAACUCCGAUGGUUCUGAUAGAUCAAGAUUCAGAUUCUGUUGCAACAAUUGUACAGCUUAGUUUUGGAGAUCGACUUGGGGCUCUUGUUGACACGAUGAAGGCUUUGAAAGGUUUAGAUCUAGAUGUGCAAAAGGGAACUGUUACGACUGAGGGAUCAGUCACUCAAACAAAAUUUUUCAUUACCCGAAUUGAUGGACGCAAAGUUGAAGAUCCUGACAUGUUAGAGAGAAUUCGACUUACAAUCAUCAACAACCUUUUGAAGUAUCAUCCAGAGUCCAGUGAGCAACUUGCUAUGGGUGAAGCUUUUGGAAUCAAAGCUCCAGAAAAGAAGCUUGAUGUUGAUGUUGCAACUCAUAUACAUGUCAAAGAUGAUGGGCCAAAGAGGAGCUUGCUUUAUAUCGAGACAGCAGAUCGACCAGGAUUGCUAUUGGAAAUUGUCGAGAUCAUAACUGAUGUGAAUGUUGAUGUGGAAUCUGCAGAGAUUGAUACUGAAGUAUUCUCUCCCUCUCUCUUUGUGUUCUGUGCAUUGCUUUCUUUUCUCAUCAACUUCUCUUGUGUCUUUCAGGGGCUUGUGGCCAAGGAUAAGUUUCAUGUCAGCUACAGGGGGGCUGCAUUGAGCAGCUCCUUGUCUCAGGUAACUGGUUGCUGCCAGGACUAGUUGUUUAACAGUGAGCUAUCUUUUGUGUCAGCAUAAAUUUUCAAUUUUCAUGACCUCAACUAUGCUUUUGUAGAUUUUACUUAUUAGUGAAGAUGAUAAUACUAAACUAAACAGUUAAAACAGUUAUUGUCUAUCAUUAUUAUUACUAUUGUGUGUCAGCAUAGCAAUAUCUUAUUACUGUCUACCAUUAAUAUUACUAUUUUAUAAACUACUCUUUAUCAAUAUGGCUAAAACAGUUAUGAGUGACAAUUCCUAUGAAAAAGCCCUUGAUUUCUUUUUACCUUUGGGAUUCAUUGUUUGUCAGUGAUAAUAGUACACAUAUUCCUACUUCCCUAAGCUGUUGUGGAAUUACUUUAAUUGCUUUUAGGUCGAGAAAAGUUUUGGUCCAAGUUAUCUCAGGAGCUUUUACUGGGCCAAAUUAAAUAGGUUUUUUUUUUUGAAUAGUUGGAGUUCUCUUCUGCGGUCUCUCACAAAGUUCAUUUGAACAUGUAGGUAAUGAUAAACUCUCUGCGGUACUAUCUUCGAAGGCCAGAAACCGAGGUGGAUAGUUACUGACUACACAGUUUUUUUUUGUACCAAAUCAAUCCUCCCAAAGUAAUAUUUGACUAGAUACUGUGAUGAUGUUCGUUUCUGGGAUGUGGAUUUUGUCCUGAAUGGUACAAUAUGAUAAUAGGAAAUGAAUAAUAGAAAACAAAUAACACAUGCCUCAGUUUUUUGCUCCA